AUGCCACUCUUCGUAGUGUUGGUGUGGCAUUUGGUAGUGUUGUAUGCAAGUACUCAUUUUCCAUCCAGCUCUGCUACUCCUGUAGGAAACACUGAUCAAAUAACAUGUUCUGAUGGGUGGCUCAACUACCACAGCGGACGAGGAAGAUGCUAUUUUCUUAGCAAUACGACCAAAUCAUGGCCAGAUGCACUAUCUGACUGCCAGCAAAGAGGAGCCGAUCUGCUGAGCAUCCACAAUGCGGAAGAGAACACAUAUGUUUCAACUUCAGUUACCAGUCAAAGGGCAUGGAUUGGACUUAACGACAGACACCAAGAAGGACGUUUCAAAUGGACUGAUGGUUCUCCUUACGAGUUCUCCAGCUGGGGAAAAGAUCUCCCAGACGAUAUGCCUUCGAGCGAGGACUGCGUGGAGAUCAACUUUCAACAAUCUGGCGAGUGGAAUGACUUGAACUGCAGCUCACUGUUACAGCACAUAUGUAUCAAGGAAGGCUCUGCCAUUACGACGGUACCAGCAGCAACAUCGACAUCAACAGCAACAGCAACAUCGACAGCAAAUGCCGACCCGUGCACGAGCUACUCCACGCUUCUUGAGGGACCCCGAGAUACACAUUUGGAAACAAACAAAUCGUCGACGUUUCUCUGUGAUGACCAGCUGCAUCCUGGCUGGUACCGAUUCUCCGGGGGUGAGGUCGCCAUCUCCAGUAUCCAUAAAUACCAUUGUGGUACCAAGUCAGCAAUCUGGAUGAAUGACAAGUUCCCUUCCGUAAAGGACGGCAUAGCAGAAAAGACGUUUUGCUUCAACCAUCUUGACUUGACGCCAAAUGGAUGUUUGUGGUCAGAGCAGGUGCCUGUGAGGAACUGUCGAGGGGAGUUCAUGGUUUACCAUCUGCCUUUGGAGACCAUUCUCUGUCCCAUGGCGAUUUGUACAGAUGCGUCUAUUAAACCAUGCACUGAAUAUGAAGUAUCUGAGAGUGGAUUUCCUUCAUGUACAAAAAUACUGUGUCCUCCUGGUAAGACGUCAGCGACUGGGUUCGAGCCAUGUAAAGAUAUGUAUCCUGUAAUUACUGGACAGACGCUACUGACUGGUCCAGAAGUAACAGAUGGGUCAUACCAGCACCUAUGUACAUUUGAGUCUGCUGAUAAUUCAACUGAUGCAAGAUUCCUCGUCAUAUGGCUUUUGAACAAUGUUGUCGUUAAGACUGUGACCGCAGAUAGAGGGAACAGAACAAGCUUCUUCGACGUUGAAAUGUGGACUGGUCAUGUCAAUGAACAUCUUGAAUGCAGAGUUCAGUCCUACUACGAAAACACUUCCUCGGUGCUAAGCAAAGUGUUCAACAGCAACAGAUACUUUGGGGGAAUAAAGGUUGAACCAUCACCGCUUACUCUUCGGGAAGGAGUUGACCAAACCAUCACAGUUAUCUCCACUCUGCCAGUUAGCUGUGACAAUGCUGCACGUGACUCUUGUGAAGUUGUUCUGGAAACAGUUGCUCCAGGUUUGUACAUCGGAGGUGAAUGUGACUUAGUGUUGAGACCGUCCAGUUGGGAUGAGGGUACACACGAAUCACGACUUAACCUGAGUCUUGGAACACAAGUAGAUCCUGCUGUCAAACCGGAGAAAACUCUUUCAAUAUCAUUUGAAACAAUGUUAAACAAUGUACCAGGACUAGAAUACUGGAGCGGUAUUACCGUGCCACAAACAAAGGUACUGAACACGGAUACGCCAUUUUCUACUUGCCGUGGUUCAGGAGACCCUCAUUUCUUAGCAUCCUUCAAUCCGGGCAUUUACCAUGAACUUGGGGUCAGCUACUACAACAUGUACCACCUCGGUGACUUCAACUUUGCAAGUGACACAAGAGCCCAGCUAGCGGUGCAAGCUCGGAUGUCUCUUUAUUCAGCAGGACGUUCUAUGAUUUGUGCUAUUGCUGUGCAGAAGGGUGACGUUGUGAUCUUCAUCAAUAGCUGCCAGAGAUCCGUCCCCUCCAUCACAGCGAACAACCUUAUAACUGACAGUUCAGUACAAUUAUGUGGCAGCAACGAGUACCAGAUAACAACAAACCAGGGACACAGAAUAAGCGUCGUUACCGGACACUCCUACUACAUCGUGACAGCAACUUUCCCCCAUGGCGUUGUUCCUCUCGAGGCGUUUGAUGUAAACAACAAAACGAAAGAGGAACUUUGCAAUCCCAGCACGACAGUAAAUGGUAUGACCACGUUCAGGAGUGGUGGUAUCAUUGCAGGUUCUACUGUUGGAUAUUUUAGGGUGCAGCCAGACCAGAAUUUGUUUGAAGGCCAUCGAGUUAAAAUGGUGUCAGCCCCUGUGAACAACGAUAUCUAUUGUUCCUGUAACUCAAAACAAAAGGGAGAACAAAAUGCCUGUGGGAGAGGACAGAAAGUUAUAGAUCCAUAUAUUCAGCGAGGAUCCUGCCGACCAAUAGUUCCUACACAGAUCAAGCCAGCCUCUAAGAUAGCCAAGCCUUCCAAUGUAGAUCCCAUUCAUUACAGUCCCCCUGACCUCCAUUCGCCAACUCCAAGCGGUAUCACAGAGAAACAGGCUCAGGAUAAAUGUAGAGCAGCGAUAUCUAAAUAUACACCCGAUCAGUGUUCUUCGAUGAAAGAUGUCAACUUCGAUGCCUUCGUUCACUCUUGCGCUGAAGACGUUCUGGCAUCCGACGAUUACACGUUUAUCUCAUCCGCUGUCCAUGACUUCCAAUCUGAGUGUGAGAUAUCUAUCACCAGCAACAUAGACAACUACAACACAACCACCACUGGGGAACUCCAUAUGCCUGAUAUUCUGUCGAAGGCAUGCCCUAAUCUCUGCAGUAUGCAUGGCACAUGCGUAGAUGGCGUAUGUCACUGUGAAACUGGAAGAGAGUGGAAGGAUUGCUCGGUUAAGACAGGAGAACCCUUUAACAUAACUGGAAUCGGGCAAGGCGCCCUUUGUGAUAGAUCCAGAGAUACCAACUGCUUCAACCCUCGCCUUGUGACGUACAAUCUGGGUGAAAUCAGCACUUGUAUGGUUGAACAGGCGGGGUACCUGAAAGGUAGACCCCAAGUAGGACAUGUGAAACAGUCGGUGGAUUUUGUGAGAGAGCACGCUUCCAUUGUAGCCAGCAACCUGACGCCUAUUAUCAAGAACUUAGAAUUUGAAGCGAUGUUUUUUAAAAUAUACCUGACUGAAUCCACGACCUCCAUGAAUCCAACUGCGUCCAUCAACUACACCAUCUACGACGGCACGUGUCAAAUGUGUGAAAACUUCAUUUGCUACGAAAGGCUGGACGCUUGUACCAUCAAUGGAGGGUGUUACAAAGAUGGCCACGUUGACAGGAUUAAUGGGACGAAGAAGUAUGUGUGUGACCCUGUGACUUCACUCGACCAAUGGAAAGUUGUCGAAGUGGCUGCUGAGUAGCUACCCAGAAAGGGCGAUUCUGAUAUAAUAUAAUUCUGUGACUUCACUCGACCAAUGGAAAGUUGUCGAGGUGGCUGCUGAGUAGCUACCCAGAAAGGGCGAUUCUGAUAUAAUAUAAUUCUGUGACUUCACUCGACCAAUGGAAAGUUGUCGAGGUGGCUGCUGAGUAGCUACCCAGAAAGGGCGAUUCUGAUAUAAUAUAAUUCUGUGACUUCACUCGACCAAUGGAAAGUUGUCGAGGUGGCUGCUGAGUAGCUACCCAGAAAGGGCAAUUCUGAUAUAAUAUAAUUCUGUGACUUCACUCGACCAAUGGAAAGUUGUCGAGGUAGCUGCUGAGUAGCCCUCUGCUGAGUAGCUAAGGGCAAUUGUACUGAUAGAAUGAUACCCCCAUACACUGCCGUAAUUUUGGACAUGGAAAUAAAGCCAUGUUUUCGGAAAUAAAAGGAUUUUUAUGAA